CUCGCUCUCUCCGGUCUUCUUCUCCGCCUAAACUCUCUGAAGACCAUUCCCUCCUCUCUCUCCCUCACUCUCCAUCCCGAAACCCUAACCCUAAUUCUCGAUUUCUCAUCCCCAAUCUAGGGUUUCUCGACGCCAUGGGCCGCGGCGGCGCUCCAUCGCCGGGGAUGACCGAUGGGGUGGUGAAGAAGAUCAUGCUCUCUUACCUCUACGUGGCGAUCUGGAUUUUCCUGAGUUUCACCGUCAUCGUCUACAACAAGUACAUCCUCGAUCGGAAGAUGUACAAUUGGCCGUUUCCGAUCUCGCUGACGAUGAUCCAUAUGGCCUUUUGCUCCUCCCUCGCCGUCGUACUCGUCCGCGUCCUCCGCCUUGUGGAGCCGCCGACAUCGCCGGCGAUGACACGCGAGCUCUAUAUCUCCUCUGUUCUCCCCAUCGGCGCUCUUUACUCGUUCUCUCUGUGGUUCUCCAACUCCGCAUACAUCUACCUCUCUGUUUCGUUUAUCCAGAUGCUCAAAGCCCUCAUGCCCGUCGCUGUUUACUCGAUUGGGGUACUCUUCAAGAAGGAGACCUUCAGGUCUUCGGCCAUGGCGAACAUGCUUUCGAUCUCCUUUGGGGUCGCCAUCGCUGCCUAUGGUGAGGCCCGGUUCGAUGUUUGGGGGGUGACUCUUCAGCUCGCGGCUGUCGCCUUUGAGGCCACCCGCCUUGUCCUCAUCCAGAUCUUGCUUACCUCGAAGGGUAUUUCUCUCAAUCCAAUCACUUCUCUGUACUAUGUGGCUCCCUGCUGCUUUGCAUUCUUGCUUGUUCCGUGGGUUCUUGUUGAGCUUCCGGUUCUCCGUCAGACCUCGUCUUUCCAUCUGGAUUUCUUUAUCUUCGGCACUAACUCGCUCUGCGCCUUCGCGCUUAACCUUGCGGUGUUCUUGUUGGUCGGAAAGACGUCUGCUUUGACAAUGAACGUAGCCGGUGUUGUUAAGGAUUGGCUUCUGAUUGCAUUCUCAUGGUCUGUGAUCCGGGACACUGUCACAACUGUGAAUUUGAUUGGGUACGGGAUUGCAUUUUUGGGAGUGGCAUACUACAAUCACGUGAAGUUGCAGGCCCUAAAAGCAAAGGAGGCACAGAAGAAGACGGCCCAGGCCGAUGAGGAGGCUGGAUCUUUGCUAGAGGAACGGGACGGGGAUGGAUUGAGGAAAAACGAUUCUCAGGCUUGAUCUCAAUAACUCCUUGCGCUUCUUUUAAAUAAUCCUCCUUUUUCAUGAAUUAUAGAUGGUCUAUUGAGAUAUUCUGCUUAGGCUGCCUACUCUUUGUUGCCUUUAGUUUCGUUUAUUUAUGAUUUUGUGUCGGGAUGGAUGAGUCGGAUACCAUGUUUAUUCGGGUUUCUCUGAUGAUGUGGAUGGGCUGGUUAUUGGAGUCUUCGGCAGAUCUUUAUGCUAAAAGGUGCAGUCUUGGCUGCUUCUUGCAUGUUGUUAUUUCUAAUUUUUAUUGGUUGCAGCAAAUGUAGGAGCUUUCUUCUUUCUGUUUACAAGAGCUGAUAAUUAUGUUCUAAUUCGGCACUCAUUAUAUUUGAAUCAGAUCUCUUUGUUACGCUUUGAGUUA